UGUCAAAAGUCAUAACAGAAAUUCCAGUAUCAGUAAUGUCGGUGUUUGUUACAAAGAUGACAGAGUACACAGAGAGCCUCUGUUGAUAUGUGGUUUGUUAGUAAACCGUUUUAAAAGCGAAUUUUAUCAACACUUUUUAAACUGCUCAAGGAAAUAUAGCAGUAUAUUUAACAUCAAUGUUCUUAUAUUGUUUGCUGCACGAAUCCCAUAGUAAUCCCUAAAAUUGUAGUCAUGGAAAGCCUAGGAGAUAGAGUCUAUGCAGCAGAGAGAAUUAUGAAAAAGCGUAUACGCAAGGGUGUUGUAGAGUAUUAUGUCAAGUGGAAAGGUUGGAGCCAAAAGCACAACACAUGGGAGCCUGAAGAAAACAUUUUAGAUAGUAGACUUAUUCAGCAAUUUGAACACUCUCACAAGGGCGAGGGUGCCAAACGGGGCCCCAAAAAGAAAGAAAAAAAAGGCCCGCCAAAAGAUAUAGAAACUGAAGAUGAAGGCGAGGAAAGCCAAGAUGAGGGUCCGGCUCCAGAUAGAACAGUUGAGAAGGAAAAAAUAAAAAUAGAGAAAAGUGAGGAGAAGCAGGUACCUGCAUCCAACUCAAAAGACAAGGAAUUUGCAAAUUUCAGUGUGGAAAGGAAAAUUCCUAAGGAACCAGUCUCCGCAACGAUUCCCAUGGAGAAAGAAUGCAAAGCAUCACCUAAAUCAAGUUCAGAAGAAGACGAUAUACCUCUAAUGCCCAGGCUCGAGAUAGGCACCAAAAGGAAAGCUGAAGUGCUCUCAAAGGAAAGUGGCAAAAUUGGUGUAACAAUCACCACUAGCAGUACUGCUAAUGAUACUCCACCCCCAGCAAAGGUAGCCAAAGUGUCUUCAAAACAUCAUGCUAUACAAUCCCCAAAAGUUCAUGUGAAGCAACAACCCAAAAGCGAAGAGGAUCCUGCUCCGGUCACUUCCGCCAUACCAUCUACAGCUAGUCCCACCAUUCUCACAGCUACAGCACCAAUAUCCAGUCAGGGUAAAACUCAGCUAGACAAAGACAACAAGCAGGCGAUUACAGAUGCUGCGUUACCACACUGUUCCACAAAAGAAGCAGCUUCACCUACAGAGACUGAAAAGCGACCGGAAAAUAUCGAGGUGCAGCCACGAAAGGAGGAUAACAAACCAAGUGGGAAAAGCUCAAAAAUUGAAAAUGAUUAUGAAGAGUUUACAAGUUUAAGUUCGGACUAUUGGUUGGCAAGAAAUCCCGUGGCAAAUCAAGUGUUUAUUACGGAUGUUAGUGUAAAUUCCAAGAGUGUCACAAUAAGAGAAUGUAAAACUGAAAAAGGUUUUUUCAAAGUUAGGGAAGGAAAAUAAUCUGAAUAUAACCCUUCUUAAAUUAAUAAUGCUGUUGUAUGCAUAUAAAGUUAAAACGUGAUGUUUGUAUUUGCUGUUUAAACGGAACGAACGCCUCUUUACAAAAUUUACAUCGAGUUUACAAAUAGUGUAACUAAAGCUUUGCCUAGGCUAAAACUAGGCAAAAUCACUUCAUAAAAAUACGGGGCACAGUUUAUAUGAACAUGGGCGUUUUAUCGACAAAAUCGAAAAUUUAUUUUGGCCAACUAAUGUAUUAAUAAGAUAAUAAGGAGAAAUCAGAUUCAUAUCAAAUCUACUCAUUUGUUGAAUAUUUGGAAUAGGUACAACUCGCA